AUGCAACAAAAUACUCAGGCAGCAAUAGGGUUCACCCCCAAUACACCAUUCACUCCAGAAGUCCUCUCGUAUCCCCUUCCCAAUAGGUUCAAGUAUCCUCGGAUAAAGGAGUACGAUGGGAUAACCGACCCCAUCAAUCGUCUCAAUGUGUACACGGAUAUCAUGAACUUACAGGUUGCACCUGAUGCAGUAAUGUGCAAGGCAUUCCCCCAAAUCCUCACAAACGCAGCCAGAGAUUGGUUUUCCACAUUGGAACCGAACUCCAUCACCUCCUUCUCAGAUUUGGCUGAUAAGUUCUUCGCUUUCUUUGCGAGCAGCAAGCGAAUCAGAAAGACAGCCACAUCACUCAUGCAGAUGCGUCAAGGACCCAACAAAACACUGCGCAGUUUCAUGACCAGGUUCAAUAAAGAAAGGCUUCAAAUCCCCGAUCUACAUAUCACAGCCGCUGUCUCAGCUCUAGCAUACGCCAUUAAGUACGAAGCAUUCAAGAUGUCCUUGUCUAAGACCCCGUCGAAGUCAGUCACCGAGCUACUUACACGGGCUGAGAAGUACAUCAAUAUGGAAGAAACCAUGGCCCCAAAAAGGAAAGUUACCUCAUCAGGAAGGUUGGAUCAGAAAAGGCCGCAUGAGUCCAGCUUGAAACAAGAGACACUUAGGGUCAAACCAAGGAAGGAUCCACGUUCAACAUCUUUUACCCAUUUGAGUACUUCAAGGUCCAACAUCCUGAUGAAAAUCAAGGACUCUAGGGAAUUGAAGUGGCCUUCCCGAUUGCGGUCUCUCCCCGAUACUCGUGACAAGAGUAAAUACUGUGAUUUCCAUAGAGAUCACGGGCAUACAACGAAAGACUGUCAGGCCUUAAAGUAG